UUCAGCUUGCCACCAACCCAAACCCCCAGAUCUCUUCCCCCAAGCCUGCUGUCCUCCAGUCUGCAUGUACCUCCAGGAUCCCCCCAUCCCAGGUGGAGAAUCCUGCAACUGAAUUUGUUUAAUUUCUAGUGGUUGGUAGUUGCCCAAUCUCUAAUCUAGUCACAUUUCUCUACAGGGCCUCUCUACCCUCAAGGGAGUCCACAACUUUUCCUAGUGUAGUAUCAUUACCACACUUCAUGUGCAUUUAAUCCCUGCAUCCAGAUCAUUUAUAAAAACAUUAUAGAGCACUGGCCCUAAAAUGGAGCCCUGGGGAACCUCUGGUCCCUGGAUACCAGCCUGAUAUAACACCAUUUACCAAAACCCUUUGAGCCCGACUCAUUGGCCAGUUGCUCACACAAUGUAUUAUGGACUCAACUAGAUGUGUGCCAGGCAGUUUAUCCAGCAGGGUACUGUGGCAGACAGUACCAAAAGCCCUGCUGAAAUAAAAAACAAUCCACAUCUACUCUUGGUCACCUAGAUGGUUUGCUUGAAGAUAAAAGAAAAUUAAAUUGGUCAAAUGGGACUUUUCCCUUUUGAACCCCUGGUGACCAAUGACUGCAUUGUCUCUUAAAUGUUUUUCAGUAACUCCCAGAAAAACCUCCUCUAUAAAUUUACCAGGUGCUGCAAUAAAAAUGACAGGCCUACAAUUUCCAGAGUUUUCUUCUUAUCUUUCUUGAAAAUUUGGACAAAUUUUGCCAGGUUCCAGUUGACUAGGACAUCUCCAGACUCACAAGACAAAUGAAAUAUAAUGGAGAGAGGACCUGCCAAGUACAUCAGCCAGUUCUUUCAUGGAAAGAAUCCUAUCUGGCCCCAUACACCUGUGUGCACCCAACUGAAACAGCAAGACUCAAACAAUUUCAGGAUUGCCUGGGAAUCUAUCAUUCCCCAAGUGACAGUCUUCCAGCACUGGGAUCCAAGGAUCCCAGCCCACCAUUGAUGUUGAAGACAGAGGUGAAGGUGGCAUCAUUCUCUGCUGUGUCUGCAGUCCUAUUUGAACCUCAUCAAGCAAUGGACCGAUGUUAUCUCUGAUCCUUUUUUUGCAAUUAAUAUAUAAAACCCAAAAAAGCUCUUCUUGCUUUCCUUCACAGCUUAUCCCGGACAGCUUGAAUUCUAUCUGAGUUUUGGUCACACAAAUUUUCUCUCCACAGAGAUGAGCAGCAUCUCUGUCAUCCUCCCAUGUCACCUUGCUUCCAGUGUACAUACACUUUCCUUCUCCAUCUAAGUUCACUGCUCAACCAAGCCGACCUUCUGCCCCAUUGACUUGGAUUUCAACACUUUGUGUUUGGCUGCUCCUGCACUCUUAAAAGACAGCUCUUGAAAAGGGACAAGCAUAUCUGGACUCAAAUAACUGCAAAAAAAAAAAACCAUUCCCAAGAGACUUUAGUAACUAGCUCUCUAAGCAGCCCAUAUAUGAGAUGUUGUGCAAUUCUUACUAAUGACAUUUAUGAAGAAAAGCAGCACAGUGAAUAAGAUAGAUAAGGAAAAAAAGUGGGUCCUUUCUGGUCACUUCAUUUUCUUAUUUAUCUAGACUGAGGAUCUAGCAGGUCAGAACCAACUCCCACCCCAAAAUAAAGAACAUACAUGAAGCAAUUUUAUUUUAGCUAUUUUGUCAGUUAGAGACAAGUAUGAGCAGAGUGCAGCAGGUGUCCCAGAGCUCUGUUCCCAUGAAUAUUUAGGUCAAAGAGAUUAGUCUGAGCAGACAGAAGCCAGUGAUCUUCCUUGCUUUGCUUAGUAAUGAUGUCCAAGAUCUGAGUCCAUGUGCAUGAGGAGCUGGUGCCUGACAGUCAUGAAAUUCACCCUGCAGAAGCUCCUGCUACUGCAGUAUGGUGUAAGAAAUUAUCUCGAAUAGUGGGCAAUAAGCCUUACUGGAUACUUCUCAGAAAUGAGACCAGGGAGCCUGACAAAAAGCAAAAUUAAAUGCAACAGCAAAGGCUGGCAUGAGGAAUAUGGUUAUAGUCUACCCUGGAUCUUGAUUAAGAAAUAUUCAAGAAUUUUUGGUACUAAAAUGAUGGCAUUGCAAACUACCCUUUUUCUUAUGUCUGAAUUAGUUUGCUUAGGAGAAAGAGCCUUGAAACUGGACAUGAAUUUGCAUUAAGGUUGCUAUACAAAGGACUCACCAUGGUAUGGUUUAAUGCUCAAAGCAAACUGAAAAGCAGGUUGAUAUCUCCAAAGAGGUACUGACACACCCUAUUAAUAGGGACCUUGUCUCUUUUGCAUCAAGAAAGAGAACAGGCAGUGGAGACAAAUUUGCUUUCAAGCAGAGUUAAAUAUGAAUUACAAAUAAUUCAGGCCUUAAACAGUGUGACUCAAAGAAACCUUGAACAGUUUGGUGUGAUCCACUCACAAGAAUAAAGCCUGAGAGCAAAAGUAUUGCAAAAUGCUCAGCUGUGGCAUCUUCCAAGAACUAGUCAAUAUAAAUACAAAAAACUACAGCUGGAGGUAGAGGAACAGGAAAGAAGAAGGAGACAUUCUCAUAGCAACAGCAAUUGCUUCACAUGGGACACUACCGAAAUGACAGUAUUGGACUCUGCAGGUGCAAGAACAUGAGAGCAGUGCAGAAGAACAGGAGUUUGAGGACAACAAAGUGAAAACGCUGCUGCAGGAGCUCUGGGAUACACUGUCCCAGCAGCUUACAUGAAAGGGUAGAGAGCUGCAAAUGGAAAGCAGGCUACAGGAUUGCAAAUGGGAGGCCUUCCAGACCAGCGAGGGUGUUGCCAAAGCUAGUAGUUUUCCAGCGCCUUGUCCCUUCCUGCACCAGCCUGGAUACAGGUGGGAUAAUGAGCUGCUGCUUAGAAGUUUUAAGUCAGAUGCUAAGAGCAUGCACAAGGAACCAAUAUUUUGUUGUGUGUAUCCCCUGCUUUACAGGACCUCCAGCUUAGCUGAAGUGCUCCCAGUGACAAGGGGAAGAAACCUGUUUUUGGGAUGCUUGUUGUUACAGGAGUUGCUGGUGCCAGCCCAACCAGAGCUGAAGAUUCAUUCAAACACAGGGAAAGCAUCUCUCCUGUCCUGCUAGUUACCCACUGCAGCGUUAUACUACUCUAACAUGAUCUGUGAGAGAAACAAGAGUGGCUUUAUGCUGUUUCUCAGUAGCUCAUGAAGAGUUUAAAGCUGGAAACCCCUUCACACCUCUGCCCUUCACUCCUACUGAGCCCAGCAGAGCAUCAGACCUGCACUCCCAGAGCACAUCCAAAGCUUCAGGCACAGACCGCAACAUUCCCUCAGCUCUUAACCAAAUGGAGGUAUUCUAACUCUGAAUAAAAUGAAAUUACUUCCAUUUGCUCAUCUUUUGAAAACAUUUUAAUAGCUAUUCCAGUGAGUUCCUACCCUUUAUCUGCAUAUCUAUUAUUCAUUAUUUUCAUUAAAGAAAACCAAGCCAUGCUAUGCUCAUGAGGAUGAAAGAAAUCUGUAAUGUUCUCUCUCUCUGCACUCCUCAUACAUUUUUAUUUGAGAUUAUUUUUAAUCCAUAUGUACUUGAAAUAGGAAAAUGUGUGCAUUUUAUUAGCAAUAAAACUUCAGGAAUUUUUCCCCCCUACUGAUUUUUCAUAGAUUUAUGGAUCCAUAAUCAUUCACGUCACAGCCUAAGGGAAACGAGGUUUGAACAGGAUAAUAGCCCCUAAAUCCCUUCCUCUAAGCACUCAGAUCUUUGCUGUCAGCAAGAUUAAAACGGUCAACAGCAGUCUUCAUGUGUCUAUAUCCCACACAGAGCUUUCACAACAACUGGAGUGGUAGCUGGCAGGGAGAAAUAUGCAGAACCACUGCUGUGCAUGAUAUUACUGAGAUAAAGAGAGAAGAAAACCAGGUUGUCAGCUUUUGCAGUGUUGAAAAGGACUGGUAUUAACUGUUUGAUCGGGUGAAUGCAGAGGGGAGAAGAGCAAGGAAUAAUACUAUGUUGCAGUUUAACAGGCAGCAAGAGUUUCCUUUCCUAAAACAUAAAGGCAGAGAGAUGGAAGCACCAAACAUCCUCCCUAAGGAAGUCAUUCAUGUAGACAACCGGAGUGGUUCCUCUGCCACCACUCCCUUGAGCGCCCAGCCCCUACUGCAACUUGGACCUGAGGGGCAUUACAACUAUUAUGUGGAUGAUGAAGAUGAGGAAGAUGAAGAGAAAGAACAAGGAAAAUGGCCACAUGAAGAUGCAUUUAAGGGAGAAAGCAAGGCCUCAUCAUUUAUUCCUUGUUCCCCUGCUCUUUCCUCUAGAGCCCCAGCCACGGCAUCUGCUCCAUCCAUGCUGAAUAUCAACGUUGGUGGCCAAAGUUACCGCCUCACUUACCAGGCAGUGGCCAUCUAUCCCAAGACUCGCCUGGGCCGCCUGGCUACCUCCACCGACCGUCGUUGCCAGCUGGGCCUGUGCGAUGACUACACUGCCCAGGUCGAUGAGUAUUUCUUUGACCGGGACCCAGCUGUCUUCCAGUUGGUGUACAAUUUCUAUGCCUCGGGGGUGCUACGGGUGCGGGACGAGCUGUGCCCCCGUAGCUUCCUGGAGGAGCUGAGCUACUGGGGCGUGCGUCUCAAAUACACACCCCGCUGCUGCCGCAUUUGCUUUGAGGAGCGCCGGGACGAGCUGAGUGAGCAGCUGAAGGUCCAGCGGGAGCUGCGCUCCCAGGCAGAGGCUGAGGAGAAUGAGCAUCUCUUCCACCACAUGCACUACUACGGCCCUCAGCGCUGGCGCCUCUGGAACCUCAUGGAGAAGCCCUUCUCCUCUGUCACUGCCAAAGUGAUGGCCGUGGCCUCCAGCUUCUUUGUGCUCAUCUCCGUGGUGGCCCUGGCACUCAACACAGUAGAGGAGAUGCAGCAGGUAGACUGGAAGAGUGGGGAUAGUCGGCCUGUCUUGGAGCAUGUUGAGACCUUGUGCAUUGCAUUCUUCACUCUGGAGUACCUGCUGCGCUUGGUCUCUACUCCAGAUCUGCGCCGUUUUGCCACGAGUGCCCUCAACGCAGUAGACCUCAUUGCCAUCCUGCCCCUCUAUCUGCAGCUGCUGCUUGAAUGCUUUACUGAUGAUGACCAGCCCCGGGGCCGGGGCUCCCAACACGAGCACGAUAUCGAGAAGGUGGGACGGGUGAGCAAGGUAGGACAAGUGCUUCGCAUCAUGCGCCUCAUGCGCAUCUUCCGCAUCCUCAAGCUGGCCCGCCACUCCACAGGGCUGCGUGCCUUUGGCUUUACCUUGCGCCAGUGCUACCAGCAGGUGGGCUGCCUUUUGCUCUUCAUUGCUAUGGGCAUCUUUGCCUUCUCUGCCAUGGUCUACACAGUGGAGCACGAUGUGUCCAGUACCAACUUCACCAGCAUUCCUCAUGCUUGGUGGUGGGCUGCUGUCAGCAUCUCUACAGUGGGAUAUGGAGAUAUGUGUCCAGAAACUCACCUUGGUCGCCUGUUUGCUUUCCUCUGCAUUGCUUUUGGAAUAAUCCUGAAUGGCAUGCCCAUCUCCAUCCUCUACAAUAAAUUCUCAGACUAUUACAGCAAGCUGAAGGCAUACGAGUACACAGCUCUCAAGAAAGAAAGAGGGAAGGUCGACUUCACAAGGAGAGCCAUAAGGAAAAUAUAUGAGUGCUGUGGUGAGGGUGCAUCCCACCCUUUGUCACAGCAACAAUAGUUUGCGAUUUGGCUAUUGGGAGGCAACCAAGAAGUUGGAGGAGAAAGAAGAAAAACAGAUCAGCCAAAAGAUAAACAAAAAAGGCCAAAAGUAACAAAAAGUAGAUGUUGAAAUCUGUUUUAAAGGGGGGUGUUUUCAAAACUAAAAAGGCUCAGAUUACAACAACAGAUUUUUUUAACUCUGAAGACUGUGAGCAGCACUUUCAGCACUCUCUGAAAUUACCUCCUUCAGAUUAAACACUCUGAAUUAGUCCCAGGCAAAGAUCUAACCCCUUGCUACUGAUUAGAUUGCCAAUAAAGACCUACGAUAAUUGUACAAAGGGAAAACAAGUUGCUGUCAUUAAGGGUCAGCCACCUUACUGCUGUUAAGGCAGUCUCAAAAAUUAAACAAACAGAAUACCCAAUACACUGACUGCAUCACUUAAAUUGGUUUUGCAUCAGCUUUCCAAUAGAGGAAAAUGGCCUAGGGUACUUAUCUAAACAUUAGCAGCAGCUAGACUCCUUAAGAUGUCAGACUCUGUUUCCAUUGCCAGAUAGCUAUGCUUCAUUGUUUCAAUUUUAUUUUUCAAAUGCAGCCCUGCAAAUGAUUCCUAUUUUCAUGCCUAGUCAAGCAUUGCACUGCUUUUAGCAUUUCCCCCCACCCCAUCUCAAUAAUCAUCUUUCAGUAUGACAAGAACUAGUGAAGAAUUCUGGAGUCUGAGUUGAUAAAUCUCAUUGAUCAAUUUUGAAAAAAUUUCCAAACCAAAUCAUUUUUAGGUAUAGGAUUAAGUGAUAAUUCAUUUUGCAAUAUUUAAUAUAUCUACUGAUUGAAUUGUUAGAAUAAUAGACCUGUCAUAGGACAUAAGUAUUAAGGCAGUAUUUAAAAAAUAAUCAAAGGAAAUAUGUAAUGGGUAGUAACUCAUAAAGACUGUUCAUACAAAGGAUCUUAUCAGCACUUAACUGUAACCAAUUUUAAAUAUAAUUUAAAAUCAAGAUAAUUUGUCUGGUACAUACAGCCAUUAGGGACACAAUCCUGACACUUAGCUCACCCCCAGGAGUACUUUAUGUCCUGAGAUUACUGUGUCUUCUUGCACAGCUGGAUGGGAUUUCUCAUGUGUCUAAAUUCACCCCAAAACUUAAAUAACAAAUAAAACUAACAAAAAUUUAAUGGAAUUGCAGUUUUAUGUAUUACUUCAGAGACUAUCAGGAAUAUUCUUUUUACAUAAGAGCAGUCAUACCAAUUCAGAAACAGUAAUCAGAAUAACAGAUCUGAAAGAAAAAUUAUUUUUUUGAUAAUCAGAUGCAAAGAUCUUAAAGAAAAUAAGUCUAAUGAAAAGGAUCAAUGGUAACAAUGCACUGACACGACCCAUGGCUGUUACUCAGCAGCACUCCUGUUGCAAAGCAUCCUGAUGACAGAGAUGCAUUUGAAAACUCUUGAACUCUCACGCUGUGUCUGUGCUGCUCUGAUGAAUGCAAAUGGCUGCAUUCUAAUCUCAGGGCCACAUGGGACACAAUGGUGUGAAGCUCACUCUGGGACAGCUGAGGGUGAAAAAGUUCAUUAAUUUUGACACUUCCAUGCGAAUUGUGUCAAGCACAAGGACGUUUCUCCUUUCAGUGGUGGGAAGGUAAUUAGUAACCAACUUGCUCUUCUCAUUCUCUACCUCCAGACAAACGUAUCAUAAGCCCAUCUGUCAUUUUGUUCUUUAGGAAUGACAGUCAGAACACUGUGUGCUGAUCAACUCUGUUAAAAGCUAAACCAUGUCUUUAAGGCACAGCUGAGCCCUGGGAGUUCAGUGUGAUAGAUGUUUGCUGUUCUGGACUGCACACAAUGCAGCAGGCACAAUCCUGGCACUCACUGAGAAGAAUAGCUGCUUUGCUUUGGCUCUAGGGAAUUUGCAUAGCACUUCUGCACAGCAACAACAGGACAAGAAGCUUCCAGGAACCACAGGAAACCUCUUACUGCAGUUCAGUGAGGUGACAAGUACAAGCAUGCAAAAACACAACUAUGCUUUAUUUUCAACAUGCAAAUUGAGUUAGAGCCAUUAAAAGCAUUUAAAAUCUGAUUACUGGAUUUUCAAAAAAAGGGGACACUGUAAAUCAAUUUCUUUGCUGAAGGAAUUCAUACUUGCAUGACCAUGCAGAUGGGACGCAGAUGCUCAGCCUUGCAUGGCAGGCUCAGCAGCUUCCUGCCACCUACAGAAAUCCAGAGCCUGAGCACUAACUCUGCUGAGACUGGACUUUGUCACAGCCUCAGACCUGACAAAGAUCACUAGUUUUGUUUUCCACCCACUUGCCUCACCUGCAGGACCUAUUCAAGCAGGUAUUUUUGAAGGCAUGCAACGAAAUAGGUUUUCCACACCAAAAAUGAGCAGACAAAAAAGGAGUCUUGUAUCUUAAUCAGGAGUCAGAAUUGAAUGUCCUUGGCAAAUGCUUUAUCUGUUCAGCAAGAUUUCAAUGCACAAAUCCCACAGUAUUGCUCUAACUGUUCAAAUGGAGAGGGUCUCCUGCACCCCUCUAGUUGAAUAUGUUCCACUUUGCACCAGGUAAAUAACGGCCCACAAGGUGACAGUAAAAGAAAGACCAUAUAGCUCAGUAUUUCCAGCACUUAGCUGGGUGGAAAGGAGUGUGUCACAGGCCUUGCUUCAAAAAAGAGCUAUGGAAGUAUCCUGACCAAGCAGCAAAGUCCAAACACUUCCUAAACACUCAGUCUCCUCUGGCCCAAGCAAUCUUUAGUUGAUGGCUUUAGUUUGGAAGGAAUCCAGAGUCUCCACACACUACAGCCACAUGAAGGUAAAACUCUUACUUAGAGUACCCUACAGGCUAAUGGCUAUGGGCCAAAAUACUGCCAGACACAGAGGAGAAUGAUUUCUGUCCCUUCAGAAGCACAAGGCUUUGUGACCGGUACCACCAGAUCCCAUUUGGGUGCACUGAGCACCAAGGCCAUCACACUUUGGGCAGCUCAGUUUACCUAGCAACUGCUCAACUCUCUUUUUUCUCAAUGCACUUUGCCCCCUCACCCUUCAUCCAGCCCUACCAUCUCACAGACGGCUUUGGUACCGUCUUGACUACUCUGUGCACUUACUCAGCACACAGAUGUGACUCUUCGCAGGAGUGGGAAGAGAUUCUCACUUGACUCAUGACCAAGCUCGGUGCUGAGAGCUCUGACUACCACUAGAGCUGGCACAAGGUACAUGGUAGAAGUAUGCAGUCCAGAGGACACACCUCUGGCAGUGAGACCCUAAGUAUCAGACUACACAAAGUUGCUGGGUUUUGUUUUGCAAUACCUGUCAGCCCUGCCCUGCUGCAUUGGGGAAGUGAAUGGGUGCUUAGUGGAGUAAAGCACACUCCAGAAAAUUAGAAGAUAGUACUUGGUAAGGUUUUUUUCCCAAAGGUUUGUAAUUUUCUUCUCUGGAUUAUUUUAUGUAGCUUUCUGCCUUUGGCUUAACUAUUCUUAUUUUAGGGGUGACAAGCAUAAGUCUGUGCAUUUCAAUAGGAAGGAUUAUGCCUAAAUUUGAAGUACCAUUAUAGGAGCCAGACAGUGCCUGGAUUGCUCAAGGCUCUGUCAGUGCCAGCACUUUCUACACUCCGUGUAGAUGGGAACAAGCAAGGUCCUCCCACAAAGUCUCUCCUGCUCCUACCACUCAAAGUGGACCUCCAGCCAGCUCAGAGGAAGGGACAAGUUCAUAUUCCCACAGAACAGACUUUUGAGAACCUGCCGAAGGCUGUGCAAACCUGUAUCAGCUGGUUCUGAAAGAGCAUGAAGCAUUUUUGCCUUUUCUUUGUGGUUGACACAAUGUUCCCCGCAGAGGACUCUGUUAAUUUAUUGUGCAACAUCCAUGAAGACUUUCAGUGGCAUCACUGUCCCUAAAUUAGUCAAAGGAAACAGGCAAGUGGUAGACAUGAUGACAUCCAAGAACAAUUGAGGAGAGUCGUGAUUGUCUUGGUUACUUGAAUUCCAUAGGGCUUUGGCAAUCAAAAGGUUUUGAAAUAACACAUCAAGGGAAAACAUGCUUAAACACAACAAAGAUGGGCAACACUAUUAAAGUAGACAGUCUUCUUUUAUGAGAUGCUAAUUCGGCAUAACUAAGGUUUUGGGGAAACAGGAUGGAGGAAUCUCAAACCACUGAGAAAUAAGAAAUCUCUCUAAAUAUGGCCAUGGUAAAGUCUUCUAUUUUAACUAAUUGCAGAUAUUAAUGAGACCCAGAGGGAGAAGGAAAAUGUAUUCUAUCAUUAUGUUUCACUACAGACUUAGCAAACAUGCUCUCGCUGUAAGACUAAGAAACAGCCAGUUUAUCUGGAUGGCUUCAUUUUAGGAGAACGAAGCAUUGUUUCUUCUACUUAAUUUAGGACUGGGAAUUAUGGGGGGGAAAGGCGGAUGAAAAAGAAAAGAAAAGAAAAGGAAAAAGGAAAAAAAUAAAAGAAGAAAGAAAGGGGAAGAGAAAAAAUUUUAAAAAAUAUGGGGGGGGUAGUAGAAAUGUAGAGUCUGUCCCUACAUGAGAGAGUGGAAAGAACUCCAGUUAGAAUAUGCUCCUGCACAAAUCCUGUUUUAGAAGAACAUCACUUUCUCAGCGCAGUUCGGGAGCUGUUUGCUUUUCUCAUUCAGAAAGAUAGCACUUGAAGGGGUAGCUACAGUACACCACCGAUUAAUAGGCAUCUGGUACUAUUCCCAGGUUUCUAAGGCAAAUAGCAAUAUUCAGUCUUUAAAUAUUUUAAGUAAAGUAAGUGAAAUUUUUUAAAUAUCAGCUAGGAAUAUUAAAGGUUUUUGAUGAAACAUAAUUACUAUCAGUAAGACUAAGAAAUAAAAAUUGUCACCUUGCUUAAAAAAUAGCUUCAACUGUUUAGACCAUUCCGGUUUUAUGUCAUGCAAAAAUAUGCUUAUCUACUAUUACAAAACUUUUAUUGACUUCUUUAUUUGGUAGUAUAAAAAUUACAUGCCUUUUGACUGUAAUCCAGCCCUUUAUCUAGGACUAAAAUAGGGAAAGGUCAGAGGUAGAUGUUUUUUAUGUACUUAGGUAUUUUAAUGGAAAUAUGCUGAGAAAAAUUAAAGCUAUCUACAAGUAAGUCCUGAGAUAGACAUUAUCAAGGUUUUUAAAUAAAACUUGUCAGAGUCUAGUUCUACUCUAUUUUCUGUACUGUCAUUCAAACUCCUGAAGUGGAUUUGCUCGAUUUGUAAGCAAAAUAAUUUGCCAUCAUUAGAAAGCAGAUAAGCAAGCACCAUUCUUUAAAGCCAGCUUUUUGCCACCACUUAAUAACUGUUCUUCAGGCCAUCAAUUCUGACAGGGGCGGGGGGGGAGAUGGGGAAACGAUGGCAACACACCACAGUGGACAACACAACAAACAAGCAAAAAACCCCAAAACCAGUACAUUCCAGAAGUUCAGGAAAAUUUAGGAAGUCACAGGCAGGUUGUGACAGCACCUUCCGCUGUGAUGAGGAGCCCCUUUAGAGCAGGGCAAAGUAGCUGGGUGGGUCCCCCCGUGGGAAGAACAGCUCCUGGCAUGGAACAUUGUUCACUGCUGCCACUCAGAGGUUACAGGCUGCCAGAUUCCCCUUUUCCUUAACAAUAUCUGGUGCCUGCUACCAGCCAUGUUAGCCAGCUGUGCUGCAUCCUCCUCAGGUAGUCUACCAAAAGCCUGAAGUUUUGUCACCGAGGGUGGAGUAUUUACAAUAAUAUACAAGUUCAACCAUUUUUAAUUCUUUUGAAGAGAAAUCAUUCAGACAUAUCUCAAACGUCUUUAAUUGGUACUGCCUAUUUUUUUCACUGUCCACUAUCAAAAGAUACGGAAUUAGGAAGAGGCCCUAAAUAUUUUUUCCUGUUCAGAUAAACAGAGGAAAAAACCCAUAAAAAUUGAAAAUGCCUACAUAGAAAAAUGGGUGGCAUCAGUUUGUAAAACAGCCUCUGAGAGCCUUUCAACCAUAAGAACAACUGCCUUGAAAACUGUGCUAUCACCACACUGUGAAGAUGACUUCAUAGCAAGUGUUGUGGCAGCUGAUGUUCUUCAUCUCCCCACAGCUUGGGAGCAGAAAUUUUAUCAACUGCAACAUACUGAACCAACUCUCAUAUUAUCUUAUUACUCUUUUCCGCAAAAAAUAUUUUCUCAGAAAUACCUAUAAUUUAGUCUAUCAUUAAAAUUACAACCCCUGGUUUGGUUUUC